UUAGGUUGGACUUAUGUCCAUGCAAUCGCUAUAACUGGCUCUUAUGGAGAACGUGGGAUUGAUUCUUUUCGUGCUGCAGCUGCUAAAGUUGGUGUAUGUAUUGAUGGUGACGUCCAUAAAAUCAAUCGACGAUGGACAGAUACUCAGUUCAAAGAGCUUUUCUUUAAAAUGAAAUACACGAAGAAAGCGCGCGGUAUUGUAAUAUUCGUUGAUGAGGACCAAUUAAGGCGGAUGCUCUCAAAUUUAGAUGAUAUCAGGCGCAAGGAUUCAACUUUUAAUAAUUACUUUUGGUGGAUUGCUAGUGAUUCUUGGGGAAUCAAACAGUCUGUUAUAACCGGCUAUGAAACAAUGAUCAGCGGAGCAGUGACAAUUUUACCUGAUCUUAAAGUUGUGCCAGAUUUUGACAAAUAUUUCAAAAAGUUAUGGCCAACAAACACGUUUCUCCGCGAGUACUGGGAGUUGAUUAAUUGUACCGAUGAACACACUAAUUUUGGAGAAUGUUUCGACAAGCGCAGUAUUACCUUCAAACAAGAAGCUUACGUACCAUUUGUUAUCGAUGCGGUAAACGUUGUUGCUAGAGCACUUCAUAAAUACAUACAGGCAACCUGUUCAUCACUAAACUUCCGCAAUUGUAAUAUUUCCAAAACUGGUUUCGAUGGCGCACGAUUGCAAAGUUACUACAGGAACGUUUCAAUUGCUCCUGAUGUUCCGCCACACAUUGAUGCAAACGGUGACGGAAUUGGGAAUUAUAAUAUUUAUCAAUUAAAUGAUAUGGGAUACUAUCAAAAUGUUGGCAAAUGGACUGCUGGAAAGAAACUUGAUCUAAAUGUCCAUCGUAUCAGAAAAGGUCUAAAAAGAUGGGGCGGUUCACUGCCGUUAUCAGUAUGCAGCACAGAUUGUCCACGAGGGCAUUAUCGUGCUUAUCAGGAUCAGAAUUGUUGUUGGAGUUGCAUACCAUGCGAUGUGUCGACAUCUAUUAUCAUUAAUGAAACAAGUUGUGUCCAGUGUCCAUUAGGUUAUGCACCUAAUGAAGACCUCAUUGCGUGUAAACUAAUACCGCCGACAACGUUGGAAUAUAAUAGCCCAUGGGUAGUCCUACCGGCUAUAUGUUCAACACUUGGCAUAGCCGCAACACUUUGCGUUGUUGCAGUAUUUAUACGAUAUAAUAAUACGCCUAUUAUAAUGGCAUCUGGCCGUGAACUAUGUUACUUCAUGUUGGGUGGAAUUUUAUUAUGCUAUUUAGUAACUUUCGUCCUUGUAUCUAAGCCAAAUAUGGCAAUAUGCGCAGCAUCGCGGAUUCUUAUUGGCUUAUCAAUGUCCGCUAUUUAUGCUGCCAUUUUAACCAAAACAAAUCUUCUUGCCAGAAUAUUUUUGAUGCAGAAUGCAGGACGCCUUGAUUGCAUUGUGCCCAGUGCUCAGAUAGCAAUAUGUUUUGGCAUUGUAUCGAUACAGCUAAUCGGUUCUUUAGUGUGGUUGGUUAUUGACCCACCGGGUACAGACGUCUUAUUUCCAUCACGAAAGGAAACGAUUUUAACUUGCAAAGCCAGGGCUUCUCAUUUGCUGAUCUCAUUACUGUACAACAUGUUCUUGAUCAUCGCUUGUACAAUAUACGCCUUCAAAGCACGGAAAAUUCCGGAAAAUUUCAACGAAACACGAUUAAUUGGCUUUACAAUGUACAGUACGAGCAUUCUAUGGCUUUCCUUCGGACCAAUUUAUUUUGCAACACAGAAUAAUUUCAAGAUACAGAUGACAAGUUUGUGCAUGUGCAUUUCGAUGAGCGGUACUGUAGCACUGUGUUGCUUUUUUGCGCCAAAGGUAUAUAUUGCCGUAUGUCAACCAUAUAAAAAUGUUCGCAUGCGACAAAGUGCUGUUGGUCGUUUGGUCAAUCAACAAAUGAAGUUUAUGAGAGCUUCAGCAGAAAAGAAUUCUGUAACUUCGAGUCAGAUUACCCAGCAGUACGGAACCGUCUCUCCGGUAAUAAUCAAGAAAUUUUCCGCCAAAUGCAGCUUAAAGAGUGAUAAAAAUGAUAUCACUUGUACAACCAAUAACGCUGGCAGUCACGAGAAUUCACCGCUCAUGAAAACAACGCCAUGUCUGCAUCAGUCCUCCGACGAUGAAUUCGUCAAAGACACUGUUAAAUACCAAAAUAAUGCUGAACUAUUUUUCGAGCAGCUUUUUGUUAAUUACGACGUUACCUUCCUUUAA